UAAUAUCGAUUCCACCCAGCAUGCUCUACUAUGCCGGAACAAUACGUCACUGUAUUAUGUUACAAGGAUAUACACAACAACAACAUGUAAUGGCCGAGGCGAUCAUUGAGAAAUAUUCAGUGGUAAUCAUUCCUGUAUUUACAGACAAAAUGAGUCGGGAUCGGCACCGUGGAUUUUUACCAACAACAUUUUGCUUUGCUGUGUACAUGUUUCUACUGAUACACCACGGUGGCAGUAAGUGCGUGCAUAAAACUCCACGACACUUGAAGAAGGAAGGCUGUGUGAACCACUGCCCCAGCGCAGACCAGUGUCCCGAGGAAUGUACUGACUGUGUCAGCGGCUUCUAUGGGUCUGACUGUAGACGGAGCUGCCGAGGAAACUGUUUGAAUGGACGGUGUGCCCUACUGGCCAAUGGUCGAGCCGUCAACUGUACGGAGGGGUGUGUGUUGGGGUGGAGGGGGUUAACAUGUAGUACUAGGUGUAAGCGUCCGUGCCUGGAGUGUGACAGAUACACGGGAGAUUGUGUGGGACAAUGUAGGGAUGGUUUCUGUGGACCUUGGUGCUUACAGCGAUGUCCUUACCCAUGUUCUAAGUGUGACAAAAGCACUGGAGAGUGCUUGUCUAACUCUUCUGGUGCAAUUGACCUAAGCCUGAAGAAAAACAACAUGCCUGUGGCAUUAAGACAGACACACGGUAACAACACACGCAAGAUUCCCACCGGCAACAUCAACAUGUCACACAGCAGUCGAGAGCCACACCAACACCUUGCAAUGCCGUCAACAUCCUUCAGUGACAGAUGGACAACAUCCCCAUACUUUCCAACAGCAAUUGCUGUAUUAUCUGCAGUAAUUACCUUCAUUAUUGUCGGUUUCAUCUUCCACAGAAUGAAGGUGGCGAUGGAGCAAAAGAGGAAAGGAGAUCAGCUUGUAAACUCAUCACAAACCAAGAGAUUAAUCUUGCUCUUAUAAUUCCAAAGUGAUGGGUAUUGAUAAACCCAUUAUCAUUGAUGUGCCUGAAGAUUCAUAAAUAAAUGCAAGUUAUGAA